ACUUCGCCAGGAAAGUAUGUCCGGACUCUGUUCCUGCGAAUAACAUUGUUCGCGACGCGUCUCCGGGCUACGACGUGAUAGAAUCACCUUUUUCGAUGGCAGAAUUUUCAAUUGCCCUUCUCUCCUGUAACAAUAACGCACCUGGGUUAGAUAGAAUUAAAUUCAAUUUGUUGAAGAAUCUACCCGGCACUGCCAAGAGGCGCUUAUUGAACUUGUUCAAUAAGUUCCUGGAGCAAAACAUUGUACCACAGGAUUGGAGGGAGGUGAAGGUGAUUGCCAUCCAAAAACCAGGAAAACCAGCAUCCGAUCACAAUUCGUAUAGGCCGAUUGCAAUGCUAUCCUGUAUCCGGAAAUUGAUGGAGAAAAUGAUACUCCGUCGCUUGAACCAUUGGGUCGAAACAAAUGGUCUACUAUCAAAUACUCAAUUUGGUUUCCGCCGUGCCAAAGGGACGAAUGAUUGUCUUGCGUUGCUUUCUACAGAAAUUCAGCUCGCGCUUGCUCGCAAAGAGCAGAUGGCAUCCGUGUUUUUGGACAUUAAGGGGGCUUUUGAUUCCGUUUCUAUUGACAUUCUUUCGGGUAAACUUCACCGACAAGGAUUUUCUCCAAUUUUAAACAAUUUCUUGUAUAAUUUGUUGUCCGAAAAACACAUGCAUUUUACGCAUGGUGAUCUGGCAACAUUUCGAAUUAGUUACAUGGGUCUUCCCCAAGGCUCAUGUCUACGCCCCCUCCUUUAUAAUUUCUAUGUAAAUGACAUUGAUGAUUGUCUGACAAAUUUAUGCACGAUAUGACAACUUGCAGACGACAGCGUGGUUUCUGUGACAGGAACCAGAGCUGCCGAUUUGCAAGGACCAUUGCAAGAUACCUUGGACAAUUUGUCUGCUUGGGCUCUACAGCUAGGUAUCGAAUUCUCCGCGGAGAAGACUGAGAUAGUAGUUUUUUCUAGGAAGCGUGAGCCAGCUCGGCUCCACUUACAGCUGAUGGGUGAAACGAUCUCUCAGGUUUUGGUACAUAAAUAUCUUGGUAUCUGGUUUGACUCUAAAGGCACCUGGGGAUGUCAUGUUAGGUAUCUAAUUAAAAAAUGCCAACAAAGAGUGAAUUUUCUCCGGACAAUAACCGGAUCGUGGUGGGGAGCCCACCCAGGAGACCUUAUAAGGCUGUAUAAAACAACGAUAUUGUCUGUGAUUGAGUACGGGUGUUUUUGUUUUCGCACCGCUGCAAACACCCACUUAAUCAAGCUGGAACGACUACAAUAUCGUUGCUUGCGUAUCGCCUUAGGCUGCAUGCAUUCGACCCAUACGAUGAGUUUGGAAGUUUUGGCGGGCGUUUUACCAUUAAAAGACCGUUUCUGGGAUCUGACUACUCGUAUUCUCAUCAAAUGUGAGGUUUUGAACCCCUUGGUGAUUGAAAAUUUUGAUAGGCUUGUUGAACUUCAUUCUCAAUCCCGUUUCAUGACUGUGUAUUUCAAUCACAUGUCCCAAAGUAUAAAUCCUUCCUCAUACAUCUCCAAUCGUGUCAGCUUGUUAGAUACUUCUGAUUCUACUGUAUUUUUCGAUACAUCCAUGAUGAAAGAAACUCGUGGAAUCCCGGAUCACUUACGCGUGCAGCAGAUCCCGAAAAUAUUUUUUAAUAAAUAUAGGAACAUCAACUGUGACAAUGCGUUCUACACUGACGGAUCACUUCUCAACGGGUCCACUGGCUUCGGUAUCUUCAAUAACAAUUUCACCGCCUCCUAUAACCUCGACAAUCCUGCUUCUGUUUACGUCGCAGAAUUAGCUGCAAUUCAGUAUACCCUUGGGAUUAUCGAAACAAUGCCCACGGACCAUUACUUCAUCUUUACGGACAGUCUCAGUUCUAUUGAGGCUCUUCGAUCGAUGAAGGAUGUGAAGCACUCUCCGUAUUUACUGGGGAAAAUACGGGAACAUCUGAGUGCUUUAUCCGCAAAAUCAACCCAGAUUACCUUAGCAUGGGUACCUUCUCAUUGUUCCAUUCCGGGCAAUGAGAGGGCUGACUCUCUAGCUAAGGUGGGCUCAAUAAACGGUGAUAUUUAUGAAAGACCCAUUGCUUACAAUGAAUUCUUUGGAAUUUCUCGUCAGAAGACACUUCUUAGCUGGCAGGCCUCAUGGGACAAAGGGGAAUUGGGACGAUGGUUACACUCUAUCAUCCCUCUAGUAUCGACGAAACCGUGGUUCGGGCGGUUGGAUGUAGGUCGAGACUUCAUUCGUGUGAUGUCUCGGCUUAUGUCCAAUCACUAUGGACUUGACGCGCAUCUCUCGCGUAUUGGGCUCACGAAUAGCAGUCUUUGCGUGUGUGGACAGGGAUACCAUGACAUUGAGCAUGUUGUUUGGGUUUGCACUGAGUACUGUGGCGCCAGAUCCCAACUUUUAGACUCCCUUAGGGCCCGAGGAAUACAGUCCAACGUCCCGGUGCGUGAUAUUCUGGUAUGGAAAUAACAAAUUGCUAAUGAAAUCGCCAUAAACCAUAAACGACCCAUGCUGCAGUAUCGCUGUUGAGCCACAACACGUAUUUACCACCAUAUCUGCUGCAACAGACGAGAGACGAACUUAUAUUGGACUGUCGAUGCUGCAAAAUUUAUCAAGAGUUGAGGAUCAAUAUUCUUUCCUAGUUUUAAAUAUUUUGAUUUGUAAUAUAUUUAUAAUUGUAUUUAUUUGUAUGAAAAGAUGAGAGGGUUUUUAUGCCUGUUCGAGGAGGAAUAACUAUAUUUAUUCUACUCAAACAGGCUUUUCCCUACUCCAACAGAAUUUUCGGCCCCGUUAUGCUUUUUGCGAUUGGGCCUUCUUUUAUUAUUGAUAUCAAGAAUAAAAAAAACUGCAAAGUUGUUACAGUUAUCGAUCUUGCAGUUAAAAAGCGUUGCAGCUAAAAGACUUGC